AUGGGAAACGGAGCCAAAGCCCAGCAAAAGCGCGAACGCGCCGGUGGCAAGAAUGACAAGAAAGGUCCUACAUCGCAGCUGAAAUCCAACUCCGCUGCACAGACUAUCAAGUGCAAGACUUGCUUUACUUCUUUCCAAAGCACUACGAAUCGGAAAGCGCUGGAUGAACAUGCGGUGAACAAGCAUAGCAAGACGUAUGAUGACUGCUUUGCGUAG